CGGGUCGGUCGAGACAAAGCAUCGUCGCCUUCGUGCAUCAUCAUUGCCAGCAUCUUUAUUUCAGGUUGGACGUUGGGUCGGUCCCGGUGUUUCUUUUCUUCUGCAUCCGGCUGCUUGUGAGCUUUUCUUGGCUUGGACCUGAUCCAACGUAUUUGAGGAAACAGAACCGAGCCCCGCCCCCUGGCCCAAAACCUACGCCUGCGAACCAGUGUCCAUCUCUCAGUCAGGGAUGGCAGACGAAGCCGAAAUCGGGGAGGACCCAACUGGAUCUUGGACUUCGACCGUCAUCAACAGCGAAAGUGGACCCGAUCCAGACAAUCCAUCGGGUGGUCACGUGGAGUGGUGUAAACAGUUGAUUGCAGCAACUUUGUCCAGUCAUAUCUCAGCCGCCUGUGACGUCAUUACCAAGGAUGAGAGUCUCCGUUGCCACGGUGACGAAGACGCCGAGCAUUCCCCCGUCGCUUUGAAACCUCCAGCACAGAGGCUGAAAAUGAGUGACAAGGCAACUGCAGUUCCUCUCCUGCCAGGGGAAAGCAUCCAGACAACCAUUGAGGACGUGAUGUAUAUUUGUCCCUAUAGUGGCCUUUUCAACGGAACUCUGACCAUCACUGACUACAAGCUCUACUUCAGCAGCACAGAAAGGGAAAGUCCAUUUGUUCUGGCUGUCAACCUGGGCGUCAUCAGCCGCCUGGAGACUGUGGGCAUCCCCAACCGAGGUGACAACACCGAAGGACUGGAGCUGGUGUGCAAGGACCUGAGGAGCCUAAAGUUCACCUACGAGACAGGGAGGGGCCACGCAAACAUAGCGAAGAUGCUGGCCUCGCGAGCGUUCCCGCUUUCCCACCAGCUGACCUUAUUCGCCUUCCGCUACGAGCAGCGCUUCCACUCUGACGGCUGGAAGGUAUACGAGCCACUGGCCGAAUUUCGGCGUCAGGGUCUCCCCAACGAGAGCUGGACCAUCAACCGACUGAACGCGUCCUACCAGCUGUGCGACACGUACCCCGCCACCCUGGUGGUUCCCGCCAACGUCUCGGACGAGGACAUCAAGCGAGUGGCGGCAUUCCGGGCCAAGCGCCGCAUUCCGGUGCUGUCAUGGCUCCACCCCGAGUCGCAGGCGGCGCUGGUGCGCUGCGGCCAGCCGCUGGUGGGCCCGGCCGACCGCCGCUGCAAAGAGGACGAGCGCCUCCUCCAGACUAUCAUGGACGCCAACGCGCACUCCCACAAGCUCAGCAUCUUCGACGCCCGACAAUUCAGCGUCGCCCGUAGCAACAAAGCGAAGGACGGCGGCUACGAGAGCGAGAGCGUGUACGCUAACGUGGAUCUCAACUUCCUGGAGAUCCCCAACAUUCACGUGAUGCGUGAGGCCCUCAGGAAGUUGAAGGAUGUGCUGUAUCCUGACAUCCAACAAGAGCGCUGGCACUCCAACCUUGAUCACACACAUUGGCUCCACUACAUUCAGCUGCUUCUGUGUGGAGCGUCCCAAAUGGCAUCCAAGCUGGAGCGUGCAAAGACAUCAGUGGUGGUCCACUGCAGCGACGGCUGGGACAGGACGUCUCAGCUGACGUCUCUGACGAUGCUCAUGCUAGACAGCUACUACCGCACGCUUCGAGGAUUCCAGGUUCUGGUGGAGAAGGAGUGGAUCAGCUUUGGACACAAGUUUGCUGCCCGCGUGGGCCACGGCGACGACGACCACGGCAACUCUGAGCGUUCGCCGCUCUUUGUUCAGUUUGUGGACUGCGUGUGGCAGAUGAGCCGGCAGUUUCCUGCAGCCUUUGAGUUCAACGAGCUUUUCCUGAUUACGCUGCUGGACCACCUGUACAGCUGCCUCUUCGGAACUUUCCUGUGCAACAGCGAGCAGGAGCGCGCGACCCAGGAGCUCCAGAACCAAACGGCGUCUCUGUGGUCCUACGUCAACAGCCAGCCCGAGGACUUCAGCAACCCUCUGUAUGUCCACGAGCGCCACAGUGUGCUCUAUCCGCUGGCGUCCUGCAUGCAUCUGGAGCUGUGGACGACUUACUACGCACGAUGGAACCCUCGCAUGAGACCGCAGGUGGCUCAGCAUCAAAUGGUGAACAAUCUGCUGCAGUUGCGGGUUCAACUUGAGCAGAGGGUAGAGGAGCUGCGCAGGGAGGUCCAGGCCAACUCUCCAGCGGCGUCGCCCGAACGCGCCGCCGCGAUGGCUGCGGUCGCCCCAGUCUGACGGACACACGCUGGUUGGUGCCCAUUGACACGAGAGUGGCCCUUACCUUUUUGUCAGAUUACAUGUGCAUCAAAAUACGUUGAAGUCACGUUGACCCCUUCCACGCACUAAGCUUGAAAAUGGGUGAGCAAUCGGGAGCCGACCGUGGUGUAAAUAUCUCAGGGCUUUGCCAAUGCAAGCAAGACUUAUUUGUCUCCAUGUAUUGGUAUAAACUUUUAGAUUUUUUUUUUUUUUUUUUUUUUAAACAAUGUUGCACUCUUUUUUUUUGUGUGUGUGCUUGUGCUGCCUUUAAGGCCAGGACAAAAAAACAAAACAAAAAUAACUCCCAGUCUCAUUCUCUGUGUUUUCUUUUUUUUUUUAUUUAGCUUCUGCAUCCCGGUAGCAUGUAAACAGCUUCAUAGAUGCACUCAUUCACGUUAAACAUUCCGCUGUCAGUCUUGAAACACGUUUUUCUAAAUGUUGGUUAAUAUUAUUGUUGUUGCUAUUGUGAUCUUCAUUGUCUUCAUUGUAGGAGGUUAAUAUGAUGGAAUAAUUAUACAGGUCGUCGUCGUGGAAAGAACACAGCAAACGUGAGCACGAAGCAUUGCGGUUGCCGCCAACAAGGCAAUCAGAGCGGAGCGCACGUUUCUCCAGUUUGAGAGUCAGUAAAAAAAAUGUCCAAGUAAGCUCCCUUUACUACCAAGUAACUACCAAAAAUGUUUGCUACACUGACAAAAGGAAUCAAUCAAUGAAUGAAAGAAAAAGUCACAUUUUGAAGGAUGCUCGAAAGCUUCAUGUCAGUCAACUCAACUGAUUGUGGAUACAAAUUUCCAUUUCUCAUUAAAUAAAACCAAAAUGUGCAUUGUGA